CGCAUUGCCUUGAAUAAGGAAGUUGCAGUCAUUCUUCUGAGCGCGCAGUGAUCGUCACCCUGUCAGCAGACCGAGGAGCAGCACCUUACAGCCAUUCCGAGGAUUCCUCCACCUGUCCAACAGGUGCAGCUGGCUGACGCGGAACCGAGGCGCGCGUUGGAAAGGCGGCUGUGUGAGCGCGAGAGAGAGAGCUCUUCUAGAGGAACCUAUGGCCGAGUGUGUGCGUAAAGCGUGCCCGUGCCUGGGCGCGCUGUGGCAGAGGAUCUUCAGCGACAAAAAGCCUCCUCCCGCAGCGGAAGGUGAUGCAGGAGGAGACGGCGAGGUGGAGGUCUCCUCCGCUGAUGACGAACCCCGGACUCCGAUCACCGCGUCGGACGCGGUGCCCGAGGGAGGCUCCAUGUUCAGAGCGCUCUGGGCGUUUGAGUCCCGGCACCAGGACGAGCUGUCGUUCCAGGAGGGAGAUCUGUUCACCGUGGUCAACCGCAGCGGAGACUGGUGGUCCGCGCGGAAGAUCGAAAAGAACGGACGCGUCCUGGAGACCGGGAUCGUGCCCAAAAACUACCUGGAACGGGCCGAGUCCCUACAGAUGCAACAGUGGUAUUUUGGUCAAAUGAACCGCUUUGAGUCCCAAGGCCACCUGCUGGGCUCAGAAAACGACGACGGAGCUUUCCUCAUCAGACGAAGUGAGAAAGAAAACAUUGGAUACGUUCUUUCAGUGAGAUCAGGCAGUCGGGUGAAGCAUUUUAAGGUCCUCAGAGCAGAGGGAAGUUUGUUUUUCGUGGAGUACAACAAGAAAUUCAGUUCUCUAAUCGACUUGGUGGAGCACUACUGCGGCAACAACAUGCUCAACAUCGGCACGCUGGGAAAACCAUGCAAGAGGAAAAAGCCCACCACCACAGAUUUGAAUCAUUUCACUGUGGAUGAGUGGGAGCUCCCGAAAGAAGAGUUCACCCUGGAGGAGCAGCUGGGCACUGGGUACUUCGCUGAAGUCUACCGGGGACGCUGGAAAAAUCACAUUAACGUCGCCAUCAAGAUCAUCAAAAGUGAAUCGGAGUUGAACCACCUGGAAUUUCAGAGGGAAGUUCAGAUGCUGAAGAGUCUGCGCCAUCCUCACCUCAUCUCUCUGUUUGCUACAUGUACAGUCUCAGCAGCCAACUAAAAGACCGAACUGAUGGAGAAAGGCAGCCUGCUUACUUUCCUCAGAGGUUCAGAGGGUCGGAGUCAAGACAUUGGAUCCCUCAUUGACAUGGGGGCCCAGGUGGCUGAUGGGAUGUCAUACCUGGAGGAGAAGAACAGCAUCCACAGAGAUUUGGCAGCUCGAAAUGUCCUGGUGGGGGAGGACUACAUGUGUAAGGUGGCGGACUUUGGAUUGGCCAGAGUGAUCAAGGAGCCGUUCUACAUCACAGAAGAUAAAAAGAUCCCCUACAAGUGGAGCGCUCCUGAGGCCAUCAGCCACGGGAAGUUCUCCAACAAGUCAGACGUCUGGUCUUUUGGUGUCUUGCUUUAUGAGAUUUUGACCUAUGGAGGCGUUCCUUACCCAGCCUUCACCAACCAGGAAACCUACCAGCAGGUCACCGACGGUUUCAGGAUGCCAGCUCCGAACAAUUGUUCUGAAUCUCUCUACAAAGUUAUGCUCAGCUGUUGGAGCGCCGACCCCUCCGACAGGCCCAGCUUUCACGACCUCAAAGUCAAACUGGACAGCAGCUCCUACGAGAUGGAGUGACCGCCAGCGUCCACGAGCCGCAGUGCAACCUCAGCUCCACGGAGAGUCACGCGCUCGGCCAGGAUUUUGUCGACGACUCUCAAAUUGAAACUGAUUUUAAAGACUCUUUUGUAGAACGUCUUUGAUUGUGUGUUUGCGAGGCGCAAAAGAGCAAAUCCCGAUGUACUUUAUUCAGUCGACUAGACAAAUUGAUUGUUUUCGUCAUUGAUGCAACUGGUGACUUUUGUAGAGAUUGCAGAUAUUUAUCUGCCUCUGGCUGGAACAAUGUCAGAAGAUGUGUUUAGUCUUCCUCAAAAGAUUGAGCAGGUAUCGAAAUAUCUACUGGUGAAUUUUAUCUAUUCGCUCUGAGUGAGAAAGAAAAUAGCGAAACUAUCACCAAACAUCAGUUUACAAAGUAACACACAAAUGCAAAACACCACUUGGCAAGACAAUCUCACCCAGCGAUCAAUUUAGUAGUUGCUGUGGUGUUUUUUUCCAUGAUCGUGAUCUUCACCAUCAGAGCGAGUGCGAUGGAGGCAAAAGACAAGCAUUGGAAAUGUGACAACACAACAACCGGGAUGCGCCGCAACAUCUGCUGAUGACGGUCAUGUAAUCAAAAGUACCUUGAAAAAAUAAGCUUUAAAACACUCUUUUUACAAAUGUCUCACAUGUUGAUACUAAUAAAGCGGAUACUAACAGGCUGCAAUGUUAAGCCGUUGAUGGUCACUGACGGCCAGUGAGGGGCAGCAAAUUCAAACUUGUAAUCAAAAUAUAUUUUUCCAUUCUUUUUGAAACUGUAAAAGCUCCAAUAACAGUAACAAUAUACUUGAUAUAACGUGAUAUCAUCAGUGACAACAGGCUGAUUUGGUAUUGGAUACUAUUGUUUGAUUAAAACAAAGUUACAAAAGCGA